AGGAACCUGAUACCUAUGAAGAGUACAAGAUUUUAAUGUCAACUAUAUUCAAACUGCUUGGUUCUAAUUCUAAUUCUAACUCGACCAUUGACGAAGAAGUGAAUCGUAUUGUUGAUUUGGAAAAAGAAUUUAAGAAAGUAUGCAUUAUUAAUUUGUUUGCAGUCAAAAUACAAGAAUCUUGAGUUACCAUUUCCGCUUGUGGAGUCUGUUGUCAUUUACUGUGUAUUGUUCUGUAUUGCUCCAGAGGUUUCCAAAUUAUGGAGAAACACUGUCGUAAUAUUAGUUUUGUUGGUUUUUGUGAUAAUUGUAAACAAAGGAUGCAUUUUUCGUACGGUGCACUAAAUGCUAUACAUAUAUAAAAAUUGCAAAGUUUAAAUUUUGUCGCCAUAUUUCAACAUUGUUCACACAGAAAAUGUUGAAACUAUAAAGACGUAUUUCGGAUGACAGCAAUAGACAUUUCUUAUAACGAGGUCAAACGCGGGAAACCAAUUUAUGCGAUGUCCCACAGGACGAUGUAAGUCGCUGGCAAGCUAACAAAUUUAAAUUGUCCCUUUUCCACAUUUGACUGAAGCCCUUUGACUGGCUAGUGAAAAUCUCUACAUUGCUUAGAAUACUCGAUACUUUCAAUCAGCAAAUCAGCCCAUAUAGCAGUUAUCCGAAAUACGUCUUUAUACUGUGGUUUUCAACUUUUAAUAAAUUUAAUAAAAUAGGAGAACUGAACUAACAAUAAAUAAACAAAAUGACAGAGCUGUGCUAAGUUUAGCUGUUGUGGUGUGCUAAGUUUGGCACAUGCAACAUAUCAAAUAAAGGUCCACUUUGGGGGCUAAGGUCGCCUAAUUUCACCCAAUGUCGCCUAAUUUCAUCUAAUGUCGCCCACAUGCACCCAAUUUUUGAGCUUUGUCUAACAAUAAUUUGAUAGCUAAAUUAUAUUUUGACGUUGCCUUAUGUUCGGGACUGUGCGAAAGGUGGAAAUUUUAACAUAAAGGUCACUUCAAUAGCAUUGUCUUUAUAAAUUUUGGGAGUUUACCAAAUGACCGCUUAAUAAAGGGUGAUCGAUCAAUGCGGCAACGCUUAAUACAGGUUGGACUGUAAAUACACAUUACAAAGAAUAUAACUUUUAUCCAUUUGCAGGUUAAGGGGCAUUCUAGCAGUAUAGAUGAACUUAAAAAGAACAUCAAAUUUAUGACAGUUGAUGAGUUGAACAAGUUCACAUCGUAUAAGGUAAGAUUUACAAUAUUUUGUUACUUUCAUGCUUUUAUACCUUAAGGUAAUUCCGCAGUUUUGCAUUGCGCACUUUUACUGCGCACAUCGUAUAACCUAUAAUUAUUUCAUCCAUUAUACGUACCGUUCACGGAAAAAAUCACUUUAUGACAAUUUUAUGUUACUUCAAAACAUCUUUGGUUACAUUCGUGCAAAGAAUUAGGCCUACGUUAAAAUCAAUGUUUUCAAAAAGGCGUACAAAAGUGUAGCUAGGGUUCCUGUGUCUGUAGUACACUUAUUUACUUGUAUUUCACGUUUUAAUGCCACAAUUCCCUAAAAAGAUCGGUGACCCCCGUUCUUUAACUGAUAAUUUAUUUCUUUAAUGCAUUUUACAUUUCAUAUCCGAAAUUGAAAGAAAAAUCAUUUCUGGAUCUUGAAAAAAAAUCCUUUAUCAAUGCAUGUUCUCAAAGAAAAAUAUGUAAAGAAAUGUUGAAAAGACAUUUAUGGAUCAGAAUUAUACACGUUAGUAGUUUCAUUUUGCUCAAAACACAAUAUUUUUCAAAAAUACUUACAAGAUAGGUUUACUAAAGCAAAAUCCGCGCUAAAAACGUCAAUAAAUAUCGGGCUGUUGUGAUUUUGCUGUUACUCGUAAUCAAGGGCGAAACUAGCCCCUUUUAAUUAGGGAGGUGUCUGGCAGAAUUGCCCUGCCAAAACCAGUGAUGCCCUGCCAUGGGCGUACCGGAAGGAAAAAAUUAGGGGGCCGGAAAGAAAAUUGCCUGACUUUUCAAAAAUUGCCCGACUAGUACCAAAAAAAAAAAUUAUUUUGGCGACCUCCCUCCCUCCCGCCAAAAAAAUUUCGGUCUGUGUACCAUUUUAAGGGUCAAAAAAAUUUUCCGGACAACCUAUAUUUUUCGGAACAUAACACAAAUUUUCGAAAACUCACACAAUUUGCGAAAAAAUUGACUUAAUUUUAGAUAAAAUUGACUGAAUUUGUCCCGUUUUUUUUUUCAAACCAAAAUUGCCCGACUGUUGAUCGAAUAUUGCCCCCGCCCGGUACGCCUAUGUGCUAUCAUUUAUUUAUAAGAGACCUUUGAUUGCCCUUUGAUUGCCCCCCUCAAGUUUCGCCCCUGUUCGUAAUGAGCAUCAAGAUGGCGCCAUAUUGGGGUAAAGGUGGUAUAUUGUGAUUGUCAUAUCUUCUUAACGAGUUCGGUGACCCCGACUUUUUUGUGUGAUUUACUUUGUAUGUCAUAAACUCCAUGGCUGGGAAGUUUCCGCACAUUCUCAUUUCGGGAACAAUUACUGCGGAAUUACCUUAAUGUUUUAUGCAUAGUCUAUCAAGAUAUGAUUGUCUAGAAACAUUGUGUUAUGUUUUUGUCUGAAUUUAUGUCAAUCAGUUGUGCGUGCUCUUUUCGUAUAAUGAAGUAAUCGUCCAAUAGGGAUAGAUGAGAUGAAAUGUGCAACGACGAUGACUAAUAUUUAUUAUUUAUAGAUCCGGAGCGAGGGGGAUUCGGCGUAGUAUUUCCCGAAGUGAUGAUAUUUUCCGAGGGGCUUUGCCCUCAGGAAAAUAUCAUCACUGAGGGAAAUAUCGCCGAAUUCCCCGAACGGAGGGUCUAAAAAUGAUAUAUUAUACCGAAAGUUAAAGUACUCACUAAGUUCAGAAUAUUAUAAAAUACGCCAAUAUAUUAAUACAAUUUUUAAUUUCGUAUGGUAUACCUGAGUUUUUAACGUUUCCUCUUUAAAAUAUUUGAGCAUGUAUCCUUUGGAUCAUUAAAGGUAACAUACAGUACCUCUUGAAAAUGUUUUGCUAAGUCAAAUAUUCUGUACGAAAAUACGAAAUCACAAACAACAGCUCGCGAACGCCAUAUUUUUUUAGAGCGUGGUGUCCACACGUCACGCGUGAGCGUGGGAUUCUAUAAUAUCCCACGGUGGAUCUGCCGUGGGAUAUUAUAGUAUCCCACGCUGGAGUGAAAUACCGUAAAAAAUCACAUUAUCACAUGGUGCAAAUGCUGUUUUUUCAUUGGACAAUUUGAAUUUGAGGUAUAAUAUUUAAUGAAAUUGACACAAAGGCUUUGUGCAAGGUGAGGUAACAGUUGAACAUCAAACAAAGGCCUUCUCUAGUUUUUGAAAUUUACGGGUUUCAGACCAUCGUAUCUUAAUAUAUUUUAUGAUAGUGUAGCAUGGAAUAGUAUCACGCAUACCAUGCAUACAUUACCAUGCAUUACUAUACUAUAAUACCAUACUAUAGUAUUCCAUUUCCAACAAUACCAUACUAUACCAUAAUGUAAUAUACACCAUACUUUGCUUUACCAUACCUGAUCAUGGCAUACCAUACCAUAUCACAUUAUCCCAUAGCCUGCGUAGCAGGCGUUUUAGCACGGGCGGGAAAAGAGGAAACGCCUGCCCAAAUGGCUAUGACAAAUUUGUUUUCGCCCAUCAAGGAUGAUUGACGUUUUGUAAUUAGCACCUUCACCCAUUAUCCAAUCAUAGUCGAGAUUUAUAUUUAGCAUCAUGCAUGCUUUUUGCUGGCAACUAGGGCGAGAUUUGCAGAGACUUUAUGGGUGUAGAUAAAUGCAUUGUUUUAUCAGAUAUAAAGAUGGUCUGAUAAAACACGCACUGCGAAUGUUUUAAAUUGCUUCAAAAACGAUCGAUCAAGUAUAAGUUCAUUGGCAAAAUAGCUUUCAAAAAAUUCGUUGUGUAUGUAGAGAAAAUCAAAGUUAAAGUUUAUGUAAAUCAAGGGAAGUCUCUAUCACAUAUGAAAAUACACGUUUAUGAUUUUGAAUUAUACUUUAAAGUGAACAAAUAACAAUACAACUAUGAGGAAUAUCCCUGCUCGGGCAAGCUUUGAUUUGCCGAUUUUCCAUAUUCCGUAGGAAGAAUCGCGAUAACCGGUGUCUUCACCACGUAGCAAAUUAAUAGUAGACUUUCUCUAUUCUGGUUUCCACUGAAUUUCGAAGCCUAAAUACUUGAAAUAUAAGAGUUCCCUCGAAAGCAUUAACAGGCGGCAUAUUUUCCGAUACGCGAGCAAAAUUGUUGUUGACAUUUGAGUUACGUAAUUACUUCCGUUAACGAGAUUGACCAAUGGGAAGCUUUUCCGAAGAUUCUUCGGAGAAGAACAAAUUAAUCAUAGGCAUCUAAAUGCCUAUGAUUAAUGUGUUCUUCUCCGAAGAAUCUUCGGAAAUGCUUCCCAUUGAUCAACCUACUAUUAGCAAACAUAUUAGUAAACUAUUAGCAAACCUACUUGUCCUAUGCUUUCGUAUUGAAAGACAGUUAUUAUUUAAUACGUAGAGAAUAUCCCUGCCCAAGCAGGCGUUUAUUUAGCGACGCCUCUCUUCUCCCGCCCGCACUAAACGCCUGCUACGCAGGUUAAUUAUUCCAUAGCUCAGUUAUCGUAUCAUUAUACCAUACCAUACCAUGCCAUGCCAUGUCAUGCCUUACACUAUAAUUUAUACUUUUCCAGUUUGACUGGAGCUUGUAUUUUGAGGAAAUACUUAGCGACACGAAUAAAAUAAUUCCAUCAUACAAAACGUUGAUGAUAAUAUACCCCGACAAUAUCAAGAAGAUUGUCGACUGGCUUCACGAUAAACCGAAGAGGUAGGCCAUAAUCAUGCACGUUUAGAACUAUAUAAAACUCCGCUAGCGACUUCUUUUAAUACCUUACCUUGAUAUGGGCCACUUCAUAUAUUGCUUAUAUAUAGUUAUGGAAAUAUUUUGACUUAUAUUGUCCGCCAUCUUGGAUUAGUUUUGUCCUAAUUAAACGGUAGUAUGGGACGUUAAAAACAGGAUUAACCGUAUAAAACAACUCCUAUAAGUGACCAAACAAAAAGGAUGUGAUGUCCCCUCAAUUGGCUCAAUUAAUGACCAAAUAUGGAGUUUUAUUGAGUUUCUCGCUCAUUGGUGAGCGGAUUUUCCAACAGCUUAUUGCCAAAUUGAUACGGGAUCCGAGGUACAUAAAAAUUUGAAAAAUUUAAAAAGAUAUCGCAACACAAAUGGAUUCUGCUAUAUUUCAUCUUUUAUAAAUACUAAAAAGCUAUUGAAUUCGGUUUUCACAUUAUUUGAAGAAUUCUCAAGAUUUUGCCUCGUGUAACAUGGCCUGACGUGGCGAUUGUGUAGACGUAGAUCGUGUUUCGUGACGUCUUCAUAUAUAGGCUUUACAGUUUAUUGCACUUUAGUGACCUCAUUUUCAUGUUUGCUUGUUUUAGCAUGGCACUAGGCGCACAUGAAGGUUAUUUCCCGAUGCUUCGUGCACAAAUAUAUUUAUCUUUGUUCUCUACUCCAAUUACAAUCAACCUGUCUUUAAUAGUUCGUUGUUGCAUUGAUAUUGUGUGUAUUUCAAUAGGAACGAAACCAAUUCGUUCAUGCUUCUGAUGUAGCACACGUUGUUUCAAACCUGGGGGACGAGGUUGCAGAAAGUUUAUUAAUUAAAUUAAAAGUGCAUUACGAAAUCAUGAAUUUUUAAAUUGAAGAACUUUAGAAGUUUUAUAAAAAUUCCUCUCAGGAGGCUUAAGAAACGCAAACUCUUUAAGCCAAAUAGCAAUUUCCUUGCGACGACGAUGGCACUGUAAUCUUACAAGUCUCUUUGUACGCUGGUGUAUACGUAGACUUGCUCCAAGUCUCUCUUUCAUUGUCAUAUGGUAUCAAUCUAUUACAGUGCACAUUACAUGACGUAGUACGGAGGUGCGGAGCGAGAAAGAGAGACUUGUCAACUUGACUUGUCUUGACAGACUUGUAAAAAUCUCGGUUCAAAACUGAACCGAAAAUGCAAGACUUGCUUUAAUUGUUUUCUGUCAGUGUUUAUAUGUAUUGAUCUAGCACAGUGCAAACAACAUGAGUUCUAUUAUAAUAGUAAAUAAUACAGAAAGAAAUUGAAAGAAAACAAUUAAAACAAGUCUUGCAUUUUCGGUUCAGUUUUGAACCGAGAUUUUCCGAAGUUGACAAGUCUCUUUUUCUCGUUCCGCCUCUCCGUGCUACGUCAUGUAACGUACACUAUAGUGGAUCGAUACUAUAUAAGCAAGUCUAGUGUAUACGAAGCUUGAAGAAAUAGCUACAUGAAAACGAAGUUAUUGGGGGCAAUAAACAGUACAGUAUAUUGGUACGGUUAGCUCGACUUGAAUUGGUUUCGGUUUCAUGGGUCCUCUUUGAAUGCAAGGGAAAAUUGUGCCAAUUUGCGCACGAACCUAAGAUAUUUCUUGUACAUUUUAGUUUAUUAGCAAACGAAAUAAUGUGGAACGUUAUUCGAGGCUUUGUCCAGACACUACCAAAGGAAUAUAGAGAAGCAGAGGAUAAAUAUAUAAAAAGUUCUUCUGGUAUAACUAUUCCAAGAUGGCGGAUAUGUAAUCAUUUUACAGACGGUCUUUUUCAAUAUGUUACAACUCUACUGUAUGUAAACAGGCACUUGUCAGAAGAUGCUAGGAGCACGGUAAGAUUUUAUGUUAGUUUGCACCAUAGUUAAUAUAAGAUCAAAGGAGGGAUGAGAGUUUUCCCGAAAUGCAACGCGCGCCUCAAUGCGGCUCAUUAUUAUUCUGAUAUGAUUUAAACGCGCCGUUCGAUUAAAAGCUGUUGAAAAAAUAUUGUGAUUUUUGCUGUAAAGAUCUCGUUUUCUCAAAGGUAUGUAGUUUUGAUAACUUUUUUUUUAGUAAUUUAAUAAAAGAAUUUUGGAAUAAAUUUGUAUAUAAUUAUAUCGCGUUUUACUUAUGUUAAAUCCCCAUUGUAUUUAUGCAUGUUUUGGAUCAAUGAACAUGACCUUUAAAGUGGCAUUGAAAUAUAUUCAUGAGUAAAUUGUACUAAAAUAACUACAAUAGAAUCACAUCAGUAAAUUCAGGAGUGUUUACUCUUUAUAGUGAUACUUUAAAACAUGAAUUUACUCCACAAAACCGAAGAGUUAUUGCUGUUUGAAAAUGAGCUAUUUCUGCUAUUAUAGAAUUAUAAUAUUAUAGCAAAAAUAGCUCACUUUGGUUUUUAUUAUAGAAUUAUAAUAUUAUAGCAAAAAUAGCUCACUUUGGUUUUAUGGAGUAAAUUAAUGUUUUCAAGUAUCGUUAUAUAAAGAUAGUCUAGAGCCUGUAUAUGAGUUUGUAUGCGUUUCAUUUAGGACGGGUAAUCUCAACUGUUUUAGGAUAAAAUGAUCAUGGUGAUCAAAUGGCAUAUGUGCCAAAACUUGAAUCCGGGACGAAAGUCUUGAAAAUGACUCCGCCCUGAAACGGCAGUGUCGACAUAGCUCUAACUUCCAAAAAGGAAAAGGAAAAGCAAUGGCUUUUCUGAAGUGCUUAUAGUGUUCAGAAGGGUUCGUUUUAAAGGUGGUCAUUGGAAGGAAAAAUUUGUCUAAGUAUAAUAUUUUACAUGAACAUUUUCUUGUUCAUGCACCGCCUCAAGUAAAUUGCUAUUAUGCACAAAAUAACUAAUUUGCCUGGCAGAAAUAAAAUUUUCUUAUUUCCUAAAAAACAUAAUCAUGGGGUAAAAAACUAUGCUCAAUUUAACAUAAUUAUUGCGGAUUUCAUAAGGAUUGUCAUUAUUUUCUUUAACUUUAAAAUACAUUUUAUUUCACUUACCCCCACGAAAACACGUUUUCAGCCAUAUUUUGCUGUCUUGUUUGCUUUUUAUCGCCGAAUCUGGAAAAUAUCAUCCAGUUGUUGCACUUUUACAUUAUCAUAAAUGGCUGAGGAAGAUUUCAAAGAAACAGUGCAGUUUAAAAACAGUGCAGUGUAUUUUAUUGUCGAUAUUGUGUCCUUCGAUAUUUCGUGAAAUAUGGCGCCAGUGUAACGGCUCGCCGCUUCUCUGCCCGAUAAAUGCCACUUUUUCGUCUUCCUAUGUAUUUAGAUUACAGUAUCCAGAAGUAAUUUAUUGUAGAAUAGUCCCAAUAGAUAAAUUGAAAACAUUAGUUACGUUGUACUUGAAAGGAGAAAACCUCCCAAUACAUGCACUUGUCUUGUCAGAAUUCAAAAUAAGUAAUUUAAAAGUCACGCGCAAGUUCGUGGGCUACAUGACAGGGGGGGGGGGGUUAAAUAUUUUCACGAAACGUUUGUUCGCCACCACAGCAACCUAACUAAAUUCACUAUAUUUGUUUAAUGUUUAUGAUUGAUGAUAAAAAUACGCAAAUAGUUAUUGUUUUUAUCAUCAAUCAUAAAAAUACAAUAAAUAUAGUGUGUUUAGUUACGUUGCUGUGGUAGCCCAUAAGGAGUUUUCACGAACUUGCGCGUGACUUUUAAAUUACUUCUUUUGAAUUCUGACUGGACAAAUAUUAUUGUCGGUUUUCUCCUUUCAAGUACAACUAAUAUUUUCAAUUUUUUGAUUGGGACUAUUCUACAAUGAAUUACUUCUGGAUACUGUAAUCUAAAUACAUAGAAAGACGAAGAAGUGGCAUUUAUCGGGCAGAGAAGCGGCGAACAACAUGAGCUCCACCUUUGAAUUUACUAUAUGAGUAAAUUCUUAAACACGUCCGAAUUUAUCAUUAUGAUAAAUUUGCGGCAAAUUUUGAAUUUAUCAUAAUAAUAAAUUCGCGGCACCUAACACUAACCCCAAGCCUAACCCCAACCACUAACCCCUAACCACUAACCACUAAUCCCUAACCCUAACUUUUUUUACUUUUUUUAACUUUUUAAAAAAUCUAACUUUUUAAACUUUUUUUGCUUUUCAAAACUCUUUUAAAACUUUAUUAAAAACUAUUUUUUUAGAAAACUUGGAAAAAUCGCCACCCCUGCGCGACCCAACAUGAGCUUCACCUUUGAAUUUACUAUAUGAGUAAAUUCUUAAACACGUCCGAAUUUAUCAUUAUGAUAAAUUCGCGGCACAUUUUGAAUUUAUCAAUAUAGUUAAUUAUAAAACCACAAGCAUUACACAAGAUUGCUUGUUAUAAAUGUAAUGGCACUAUGUUUUUUAAAAAAAUAGUUUUUGAAAAAGUUUUAAGAGGUUUUAAAAGAGUUUUGAAAAGCAAGAAAAGUUUAGAAAGUUAGAUUUUUAAAAAAGUUAAAAAAAUUUAAAAAGUUAAAAAAGUUAGGGAUCAGUGGUUAGGGCACAGAAUAAAGAUCAGUACCAGAAGGGCCACUCAGCGUUGCAACGUGUCACCAUUUUUCUAUGCAAAAAUAUGCAGUUGAUUGGCCAGAAGGCGGGGCCUUCGGCCAAUACAGCGCGUUUAUUGGCCAGAAAAUGUAAUCGACUGGCUAGCAAGAUGGCGGCCAGGGUGACAGAAACUUUAAAGCUUCCGACGUAAGUAGCCCUUCUGUGUGCCUUAUUCUGUGGUUAGGGGUUAGUGGUUAGGGUUGGGGUUAGUGUUAGGUGCCGCGUAUUUAUUAUUAUGAUAAAUUCAAAAUUUGCCGCGUAUUUAUUAUGAUAUAUUCGGACGUGUUUAAGAAUUUACUCAUAUAGUAAAUUUAAAGGUGGAGCUCAUGCUGGCGCGACCAGCCUCUCUUCUGAGUGCCAUUACAUUUAUAACAGGAAAUCUUGUGUAAUGCUUGUAGGUUUAUGAUUAACUCUAUUGAUAAAUUCAAAAUGUGCCGCGAAUUUAUCAUAAUGAUAAUAUCGGACGUGUUUAAGAAUUUACUCAUAUAGUAAAUUCAAAUGUGGAGCUCAUGUAGCAGCCAUUGCAAUGGCCCCAUAUUUCACGAAAUAUCGAAGGACACAAUAUCGAAGAUAAAAUACACUGCACUGUUUCCAAACUUGAUGAAACCUUCUUUGAAAUAUUCUUCACCCAUUUAUGAUUAUGUAAAAGUACAACAACUGGAUGAUAUUUGCCAGAUUCGGCAAUAAAAUGCAAACAAGACCACAAAAUAUCCGUGGGGGAUAAGUGAAAUAAAAUGUAUUAUAUUUGAUGAAAAUAAUGACAAUCCUUAUGAAAUCCACAAUAAUUGUAUUAAAUUGAGCAUCGUUUUCACCCCAUGAUAAUUUUUUUUAGGAAAUAAGAAAAUUUAAUUGCUGCCAGGCGUAUUAGUUUUUUUGUGCAUAAUUAGCAAUUUAUCUGGGGUGGUGCAUGGUCAUUUUCUUGAAAAAUAUUAUACUUAGACAAAUUUUUCCUUCCAAUGACCACCCAUAAAACCAACCCUUCUGAACACUAUAAGCACUUUAAAAAGGCUAUUGCUUUUCCUUUUCCUUUUCAGAAGUUAGAGCUAUGUCGACACGGCCGUUUCAGGGCGGGGUUAUUUUCAGGAUUUUCGUCCCGGAUUCAGGUUUUGGCACAUAUUCCAUGUUGACCGCCAUGAUCAUUUUACCUUAAAACAGUUGAGAUUACCUGUCCUAAAUACAAACUCAUAUGCAGGUCCUAGACUAAGAGUAAACGUUCCUGAUUUCACUGAUGUGGUUUUAGUUAAGUAUAAUUUUCUCAUGAAUAUUUAAAUGCCACUUUGAAGGUCCUAUUCACUGACCCGAGACAUGCAUAUAUACAAUGGGAAUUUAACAUAGUAAAAUGCGAUAUAUAUACCAAAUUAUUCCCAAAGUCUUUUAUUAAAUUACUAAACAAAAAAGUUAUCAAGACGUACCUUGAGAAGACGAGAUCUUCACAGCAAAAAUCGCAAUAUAUUUCAACAGUUUGUAAACGAGUAAAGAAAAAUAUUCGUUGAGAAUAUGCGUUGAGAAUGCGCGUUGAGAAUAUUAAAUAUUUUGAAUAAUAAUGAGCCGCAUUGAGGCGCGCGUUGCAUUUCGGGAAGACCUUCAUUCAUUCCUCCUCUGACAGAAGAUGUGGUUUAGAAACUCAUUAGAAUGAAAAUAUAACUUAUUAUCUGUGUUAGCCAACGUUUGUGCUAAAGUGCAUAUAACCUAAAAGUCACGAAUCGCAACAUUUCACAAAUUUAACGAGCCGACGAAUUUCGUGUGGUGCUUAUCAUUAUAUUAUAAGCACACUCGUGAACUAAUUUAUACCUCUAAUAUACAAAAUCAAUAACACGACUCGUGAAUCACGACUUGCGACAGUAUUGGACAACCAUCUGCCAAAUCCACCAAUAGCAAUUUUGAAGUUACCCAAUUACUCAAGUCACGGAUAGCUAACUUUUCCAAAACAUUGCUAUUAGUUAAAUUUAAUUUUCGUUCAGUUUUUUUUGAGUUGCAAGCAGUCAAAUAGAACUGAUUUAUUCAGAUGGUCACAAUACAAAAGAAAUCAAGCGAAAUAUUGUGACAUCCAUCCCUUAGUUGGGCAAAAAUACAAUACACACUUGACGACGAAGGACCACACUUCUGAAUAAACCUAAAUAUAAACAUAGAUAGUGAGUUACCAUACAGUAUAACUUAUAUUAUUAUACAUUUAAUAUGUAUUCUCGUUUCUAAUUGGUCAGAAAGCACCGGCUAAUUUUCAGUAUUCGGCAUUUAUUACGUAUUUUUCGCCGAUGACGUCAUCAGCGUCCAAUAAUUGUUUUUUUGGAUCGAACUUGCAUCCAAAAAAAAAAUUAUUGGACUCUCUCGUACCCAAACCCUUGCGCGGCCAAAAGCUUGAACCAAAAAGCGCGCGAAAAAAACAAACAAACAAUGGCCGACAGCAGAUUUGCUUCGCUGAAUGAAAGUGAACUCUCCGAAUUAUUGGCAGAUAAGGAUAGUGAAAGCAAGAAAAAAGCCACAAAGGGGUAAAUAGAAGUAGAAAUAGAAUAUUUAGCUGACCUUUGACUUUGUGCAAGGUGUUUGAUAUUCAAAUUGUACUUUUCCUACCUCAUGAACAGGAAGCGUUUUAUACGUUUCUCAUGUCUUUAAAUGUAUAAUAAAACAAUUAUUGGAUUCGGCUUUCGCAUGAUAUCAAGAAUUAUUCAGACCUCGGUCUAUGUUAUCCGCCUCAGCUUCGCUUCGGCAGAUAACAUUGACCUCGGUCUGAAUAAUUCUUGAUAUCAUGCUCAGCCUCAUCCAAUAAUUGCUUAUUGUAUGAUUUUAAUGAGUUUCUAACCCCGUCUCUCCUAUUUAACUUUGUUAGCAAUAAUGCCAUUAUAACUAGACCAUUAUAGCUAAGAUCGGAAGAAUUAGAAUAUGCGGCAUAUCAAAGUAUUAAACUGUUCAAUCAUGCAUCAUUUGUGUUUCACUUAUAGCCACAUUAGAAUUAAAAAUUAUAUAAAUUUCGUUCUAGCAUAGUUUACCCAUACUGUAUAAAGCAAAAUAGAGAAAGGGACACCUAUAAGAGAAGAUAUUUUCUAAUUUGAAGCGACUCAAUCGUGCAGAAACUAUAUUUGUUCUUUGAGCAACGUUUCCAUAUCCAUGCAGUGAUGAUUAGACAUUUAAAUACUUGCAUAUGCAUAUUCUAAAUUCCUCCUGCCACAGCCACUUGUUAUUUACAGUUCAACUACAAUCUGUUGCCGGCACAGAACGCAUCAUUUGGAUGCGCAAUAGAAACUUCGAAUUGGCAGUCUAUUGGUGCAUGUAUUAUGUAAUGUGGUUUUGUUGGCAUUAGAAGAAAAGGAGACUUAUUGCUUGUAUAGUAACUGGGUAUCAAUUGCCUCAUUUUCUCGAAGUUUUCUCCUUAAUUUGCCACUGAAUAAAUGACAAACGACCUAAAUCCUUUCAUGCAUCAGAGCGCAUCAAAACUUGUUUGGGCAACUGCAUCUGUCACAUCAGACAAGCGAUGCAUUACGUGUCAUGCAUUACAUGCUACUGCAAAAUUAAUUCUCAUCUCAUUUAAUUUUUAUGAACAAAAAAUCAAUAUUUAAUUAAUAUUUUGAAACUACGCAAAGGUUGCAAAAAUAUUUGACGAGUGAAAACGAACUACUCUACCAGUUGCGGGUUUAUAAAAUGUCUGUACAUGUCAUGCACCAAUGUCAUGUACAUGUUAUGCAUCAGUCCAUUACAUUUGCAGUCCUUCAGGUAUAUGUAUUAGCUCCAACUCAUUUAGAGUAGAAAUAUACCAAACAGUGGUUUUUUGCUAUUAUUUUUUACUUUUUGAUCUCUUUCACAAAACAAAACUGAAAAAAGGGUCAUACAGUAUAUAGGCAUGUCCUUUAAGCUCAGAUUACACAUAUAAUAUAGCAGCUAUAAUAAUUCGACUUAUGUAUUGAUUUAACAACUUGUUUCUAGGCAGAAGAAAUGUUUAAAGAGAUAAAAAGUCAGUUUAUUGAUGGUUUGGAAGAACAAACAUGGAUGGAUUAUGCAACCCGCGCUCAGGCUCGUCUUAAGGUUAGUAAUGUGGCAAAAUGUAGUCUUGGCUGCAGCUCAUGCUUUUAUAAUCAAUUUGAACAAUUCAGCAUUUCUUGUGGGCAUCACCUAAACUGUUAUGGAAUACUGGUAAAAACUAAAAGAAAUGAACGAUGAGACGAUUUUGAAGAAAAUUGAAAAGUUAAUAAUGUCACCCUUACUCCUAAGAAGGAAUGAAGAAAAUAGUCGUGUUCAUGUUUCAUAUAACCUUGUUUUUCUUUUUGCACAGUUGCAGAAAAUGAGAGAUUUGAUUGGUUUUCCAACGGUUAUUAAGAAGCCUGGGAUACUGGACCGUAUUUAUAAAAAUGUAAGUCAGUUUAAUCAGAGCUGUUUCGCUUGCUUAACUUACCUAAAAAACUUUUACAUCACUGCCAUAUUAUAUUACAUUGCUACUGCAUGGAAGACCCUUAGG